UGACACCAAGGCCCCAAGACUGUCACCCCAAAGAUGCUGCUGCCGCCGCUGCUGCUCUUACUGCUGUGGGUAGGUGAGCGGGGCGGGGGCUCGGCUGAUCCUCAUCUCGCUGCAGGGUCCCUGGCUCAGGAUCCGAGAUACCGGCUGGACGUGCCGCAGUCCGUGUCGGUGCAGGAGGGCCUGUGUGUCCGCGUGCCCUGCUCCGUCUCCUAUCCCCGGGAAGACUGGAAGGACUCUGACCCAGCUCACGGCUACUGGUUCCAGGAAAGGGCAGAUUCCCCUGAAGAUCCAGCAGUGGCCACAAACAACCCAGAACGUGCGGUGGUCAGUGAGACCCGGGGCCGAUUCCUCCUUGUUGGAGACCCCCGGGCCUACAACUGCUCCCUGGACAUCAGAGACGCUCAGAGGAGGGACACGGGGACAUAUAUCUUUAGGUUGGAGAGAGGGCCUACUGUGAGAUAUAGUUAUGCAUUGAAUCUGCUCUCCGUUCGUGUGACGGCUCUGACAGACACACCUGACAUCCACGUCCAGGGGACCCUAGCAUCCGGCCACCCCACCAACUUCACCUGUGUGGUGCCAUGGGCCUGUGACGGGGGGAUGCCCCCCACCUUCUCCUGGACUGGGGUUGCCCUCACCUCCCUGCACCCCGAGAGUCCCCGCUCCUCAGUGCUCACCCUCACUCCGAGGCCCGAGGACCACGGGACCAACCUCACGUGUCGAGUAACCUUCCCCGGAACUGGUGUGAGCACAGAGGCGACCAUCAGGCUCAAUGUGUCCUAUGCACCCCAGGAACUGAUCAUCAGAGUGUACCAGAAAGAAGGCGCAGGACCUGAAACUCUGGACAAAAGCCAGUCUCUUUCAGUCCAGGAGGGCCAGUCCCUGCGCCUGGACUGUGUUCCUGACAGCAACCCUCCUGCUAUGAUCAGCUGGACCCGAGGGAGCCUGACCCUGAGCCCCUCAAAUUCCUCGAAUCCUGGGGUCCUCGAGCUGCCCCGGGUGGAACUGAGGGACCAUGGGUUAUAUGUCUGCCGAGCUCAGCAUCCACUAGGCUCCAAGGAAGCGUCUCUGAGCCUCGUUGUGAGAACCCCACCGCAACUUCUGGGCCCCUCCUGCUCCCAGGAGGACGAGGGUCUGAGCUGCAGCUGCUCCUCCCGAGCCUGGCCGGCCCCCUCCCUGCACUGGCGCCUGGGCGAGGGGCUGCUGGAGGGGAACUUCAGCAACGCCUCCUUCGAGAUCACCUCCAGCUCUGCCGGGCCCUGGGCUAAUAGCUCCCUGAGCCUCCGCGAGGGGCUCAGCUCCGGCCUCAGACUCAGCUGCGAGGCCCAGAACGCCUACGGGAAACAGAACGUGAAGAUCCUGCUGCUGCCAGGGAGACCAGGACCCAGGACCGGCGUGGUUUGGGGGGCCAUCGGGGGAGCUGGUGUUACAGCCCUGCUUGCUCUCUGUCUCGUCUUUGUAGUGAAGGUCUACAGGAAGAAGCCGUUGGAGAGAGCAAAGAUCUACAGGAAGAAGUCGGCGGAGAGAGCGUCGAGCCAAGACGGCGACCGCCCAGCGUCGAGUCCCGCGUCCCAGGGUCACUUCAAUAAAUCCUGGUUAGACAGCCCCUUGGAUCACCAGACCCCAUUUCUGGCUGCUUCCACCUCAGAGAAGGAACAAGAGCUCCAUUAUGCAAGCCUCAGUUUCCACAGACCAGAGACCCACAACUUUCAGGUCCAGGACACCACCGAGUACUCAGAGAUCAAGAUUGGGAAGUGAGAGGACCCCGCCUCCACCCCCCAGAAAAUGCACCUCUGAGGGACAUGUGUGUCAGAUACUGAUUCUUGAAGACUUGGCUGCCUGCUGAGCCAAAGCUUAUAAGUGAGAAGGUGAAGUUCCUUGGAGUGGCUGAAGGUCACAGAGAAUCCUGGAUUCACAUCCAGGCUUGGGUAAUGCUAAGGGUGUUAUGUCAAGCAAGUCAAAAGAGUUUACCUCUCUGUGCCUCAGUUUCCUCCUCUGUAAAGUGAGGAUAAUAUUCCUCAGUUCAGUUCAGUUCAGUCAUUUAGUCGUGUCUGGUUCUUUUUGACCCCAUGGACUGCAGCAUGCCAGGCUUCCCUGUCCAUCACCAACUCCCGGAGCUUGCUCAGACUCAUGUCCAUUGAGUCGGUGAUGCCGUCCAACCAUCUCAUCCUCUGUUGUCCCGUUCUCCUCCUGCCUUCAAUCUUUCCCAGCAUCAAGGUCUUUUCCAGUGAGUCAGUUCUUUGCAUCAGGUGGCCAAGGUAUUGGAGUUUCAGCUUCAACAUCACUCCUUCCAAUGAAUAUUUAGGAUUGAUUUCCUUUAGGAUGGACUGGUUGGAUCUCCUUGCAGUCCAAGGGACUCUCAAGAGUCUUCUCCAACACCACAGUUCAAAAGCAUCAGUUCUUCAGCGCUCAGCUUUCUUUAUGCAAGCAUACGCUGUGGGAUAUGACUGACGUGACUUAGCACACACACACAUGUGCUGUGGCUGCUGUCAACCAUAUUUGUGAUACAUUACCUCAGAAUGGAGGGAGAUGUCAGCUUUUGAUUCUACCGCAUACUUCUAUUUUGCCUGACUAGUUUUUGACUAUUCUUAACAACAUGUAUUAUUUUAGUUUUUUGUUUUUCUUUUCUGGUGGGGUGUGACAUGUCUAAUUUUUUUUUUUUAAGUAAAUCUAAAUGUAACUCUCUGGGUGGAGAAGAUACUUCCCAAUACAUGUAUCUAACAAAGCAUACCUAGAGUAUAUAAAGAACAUGUAUUUUUAAAUAAUAAAAAAAUUAAACAAUAAAUUUUUUAAAAAUUUAAAGGAAUAUAUAAAGAGCUUCAACAAAUCAGUAAGAAAAAGUCAGACAAGCAAAUAGAAAGGUAAGAUAGUCAAAUGGCCAACAAGCAUACAGAAAUGUAUUCAACUUUUGUAGCUAUUGGGGAAAUACAAAUGAAAAUCACAGUGGUAUGCCAGUUGCACAGUGACAUUGCUAAGAUAAUAAAAAUAAUAUCAAGGAAAUUGAGUGUUGAGGAUAUUACACGAAGUGAAAUAAGCCAGUUGUACAGAAAGACAAAUGCUGCAUGAUUCCAGCUAUAGGAAGUAUUCAAAGAAAUUAAACUGUGAAACAGAAAGUAGAGCAGUCCUGGAGCAUACUCAGAGGCUGGGGAGAUAGGAAGUUACUAUUCAAUAGGUGUAGAGUUUCAUUUUUGCAAGAUGAAAAUAUUCUUAGAGAUUUGAUGGCCAAGAAGAUGCAUAUAAUAAACACUACUGUAUCAUGCACUUAUAAAUGGUUAAGAUGGUAAAUUUUAUAUCAUUUUUUUACCACAGUUUUUAAAGAAAAGCAUUAUAAACUGGAUACCAGGGGCUGGGCACUGGAGGAGUCAGUGGACAGUUAAUGUUUAAUGGGUACAGAAUUCCAGUUUCAGAUGAUGAAAAAGUUCUAGAAAUGGACAAUGCCGAUGGUUACACAACUUGAAUAUGUUUAGUACCAUUUAAUUGCACACUUGAAAAUGGUUAAAUCGGUAAAUUUUAUAUCAUGGGUAAUUCAUCACAAUAAAAAAUGCUUUCUUAAAGAA